AUGUGUAGCGCCAUGAUCAAGGCUGCACCCGGUGAUGAUCUGACCGCGCUUCGUGACAAGGCUUUCGCGGCUUUCAGAACAGAGUGCCGUGGUAAACAAGGCAAUCUCGACGACACCAAAUCUUGCUCAUUCUUUUUGGAGUCGUCCAACCCUGCAGCUGCCACGUUCAUCUUGCAGCCACUGAGGGCGCCUUUCCGGUUGGACUUCGAAGUGAAGACCCUACGCAGUGCCAAUAUAGUCUUGGCGGAGGACGAGACAGAAGUAUCUGUAUUUGCCUGGAUAACCAUUGGCGGCUGGAGCGCACAGAUGUCGGUUAUCCGAGCCUGUUUCGUCCAUGACUCACCGGAAUGCCAACAGUUGUUGGGUGGGCGUUCACAACACAUCGAGGGAGAUAUCGUCAAUGGCACUGAAAGUCGCCCCUUCUGGAUCGAGUUCAAACACGGCGUGGUGACCGUCGGCAAAGGAGGACAGGAGGAGGCUUUCUUGGAGUGGGACGCCGCUGCGUAUCAUCGUCGCAACAUAUCAACGCCGGUAUACCUUGGUAUAAGUGCUUGGAGUUAUGUAGGCUUAUCCGCGGACUGGGUGUUCUACCAAUUCUGUGCGUAGGAAACCAAAAGCAAUGGGUCUAAUGAGGGCGCUGUAUUACGAGGCACAGACAGUUGAAAAAAAAUACGUAUAUUUUAGCAAAUAAGUGCAGGUAAUAUGGGACCAUUAAGCUCAAUUACAUAAUUUGCAUAAAGAUAGACAAAGUAAAUUCAAAAGAAACAUCGGUCAAUUUUCAGAUUUAAAAAAUGUCGUUUUUUAAGUAUAGCAACCCGUAAACUUACGUCAAUAAACUGAGACGUCUAUUUUUAGGCCAGCCCUAAAGACGGCGCCCUCAUUCGCUCAUUAUGGCCAAGUAGACAACUGAAACGUGA